AUGAGUUUAAGGGCCAUCAAGCUAGUAACAUUUGAUGUUACCAACACUCUACUACAGUUCAAAGUGCCUGCCUGGCAGUAUUACGCUAAGGUCGCCAAGGACUACGGUUUCAACGGCCCUGACGAUCAAAUCAAAACGAGGUUCAAAAAAAGCUUCAACCAUAUGUGGGAAAAACAUCCCAACUUUGGAAAAAAAGGCAUUGAAUGGGAAGAAUGGUGGACCCAAGUAGUUAGCAUGACUUUGAAAGACCACCUUCCUAGUGGCACGGAUGUGGCAACCGUUGCUCACGAGCUCAUUGAAGAAUUUAGAACAGACAGAUGUUGGCAGAGUGCCUCUGGUGGAGAAAAACUAAUGCAUCACUUCAAGAAUCUGGGAAUACAAAUUGGGGUUAUAUCAAAUUUUGACCCUCGUCUUAAUGAUAUACUGAACAAUGUUAGCUUGAAAAAAUAUUUUGAUUUCAUAGUGACAUCAUAUGAGAUUGGAUACAGCAAACCUGAUGAGAGGAUUUUCAAGUGUGCUAUUGGAAAGUGCAGGGUGCCCGUAACACCACCUGAAGCACUACACAUAGGAGAUGACAUUGUGAAAGAUUAUCAAGGGGCCCGGGCUGCUGGCUGGCACGCUGUCCUGAUCAAUCCCGACCUGGAUAAAGGUUCUGAGCCCUUGCAGCACCAUGUAUUUAAAAGCUUGGAGGAACUGAGUAAUGUCAUAAUGGAGAAGAAAUUAAAACUGUGA